UUAAUCAGUUAAGAAAUAGUAAUUAAUCAUUAUGAAAAAGGUUUUGAAUUAUCUGAAGGGUAGGAAGCGCUCGGGGGGUGGCGGUGAAGAAUCGGGACUUAGUCAAAAUAAGUUUAAUUUAACUUAUGAUGCUCCACUGUCUGUUUAUGGGAGUUCUGAAAGCAUGAUUUCUAGUAAUGAUACUAUAUCUAUAUAUGAUCCUGGAUCUGUUAAUAAGGGGUGGAAUAAGUUGCAUAUAGCCGCUUGGGUUGGGGAUGUACAGAAGAUGCGUACCAAAUUGAGAAAGAUUGCAGUGGAUACCACUGAUGACCUUGGAAGAACACCCCUUCAUCUUGCAACUUCUCAAGGACAUGCCAGUGCAGUAGCUUUUUUAAUUGCUUGCAAAGCUAAUACGGCCGUGCAAGACAUUCAAGGGAGAACAGCUUUGCAUAAGGCUAUGGAGUUCGGGCACGUGGACUGCGCACAAUUGUUGUUGGAUCGUGGCGAUGCGGAUUUGGUUAACAUUGCUGAUAGUUUCGGCGAUGCGCCGUUGCACGUUGCUGCGAGAAACGGAAGUUACGACAUGAGCUUAAUGCUACUGCAAAAGGGCGCCAAUUUGGAACUUGCAAAUACUGAUGGUCAGUUUCCAUUGCAUGCAGCCUGCGCAUCUAAUACUAAGGACACUCACGAACUGAUUGAAUUAUUCUUACGUUAUGGGGCUCUUAUCAAUGUCAAAGAUAAGAAUGACGUUUCCCCAUUGAUGAUUGCUUCUGGGCAGGGUAUCAUUAACAUCGUGCGAUUAUUUCUUGAAUACGGUGCUAAUAAAAUGGUCAAGGAUAAGAAUGGAAAAACUGCCUAUUCAUAUGCAGCCGAAAAUCAUUUUGACGAUAUUCAGGAAAUUCUAGGAGGAUCGGGCAAUAACGAUGACCUCGAUGAUCCUAAAUUACAUUCAAGUAGUGGUUUAAAAAUUUCUCAAGAAUCGAUUAACGUUAUCACUCCACCAGUUUUUGAUAUUAACGAUUCUGAUGAAAAUAAUGAUGAUAGGAUCAAUCAACAGGUUAAACAUAAAAAUGAAACGUCCUAUAUAAGUGACGAAGAAGUCGCUGGUGCUGCAGCAACAAUUACUGAAUCUAAUAGGCCAGAUUUCUUAUCACCAUUGUUAGUACAAGUUAGAAGGAAUUCCAGUAAAAGUAUCUGUACUGGUGGUGGUGGUGGUGAUGGCGCAUGCUCUAUCGAAGGGAGCGGCAGUACCAAUAAUACAAAAGAAAAAUAUGAAACUGAUAAACAAGUGAAAAUGGACAAUGAAAGUAGUGAGAGCGAUUGGGCCGAUGAUUUUAGUCUAUCGAUUAAGGAAGAGCCGUGUAAAUUAUCAUUAAAGAAAAGUCCCUUUUAUGUUGGUGAUACUAGUAUGAAAUCACGAGGAUCUAAUGAAAAGACAAGCACAGUUGAGGCACUAUUGAGUAGUCUAAAAAUUAAUGAACCACGUAAGGAGGAGCAAAAAGUCGCAGCAGAGUAUAAUAAUGAAAAUUCUAAUAAUGAAACAUCCAAAGGUAUUUUGUAUUUUGAGAAUUCAUCGAAUCCUGUGAAAACUAUUGAAGACAAUGAAUGUAAGUUGGAGGAUAUGGCGAUUCAAUUUGAUUUUAUUGACGAGAACGAGGACACGUAUUCGUGCGAUGUACUUAAAAAAAUUGAACAUUCGAAAACUGUUUUUGAAAUUGUUAAUGAUAACGAGAACCAACCCAAGUGUUUGGAUGAUCCUGAUAACUCGGCACAGUCUAGUGCGCUCACUAAUGUUACAAACAAUUCAGACUUAUCUAGUUGUUCCGGCGAAGAAUUGAACAUUUCGGAAUGCAAAAACAUGUCUGACCAUUCUGAAGCAGGAAAUGAAAAUUCGAGGAAUAUAAAAAUUUCUAAUUUAUCAUCUCCAUCUCAUUGUGACAAUACGAAUAAUGAGAGUUGGUCUUCCGGCAAAGAGGAUUCAGAAAUACAGUUCGUAAAUCCGAUUGAGAAAAUUGAAAAAUUGUUCUCUAUUUCUAGGACUCAAGGUUAUCAAAGUUCUUCUGAGGCUCUUGAUGACGGUGGAAAUUCAUCAAAAGUCAAAGAAUUCUCUCGCGUGCUCGACAUACGAGAUCUGAAUGUAUCUUGUAAAAAUGAUGCUAAGGAUACUGCAAGUUUUGCUUCACCUGUAAGUAUGCCCUGGCUGACAAAUGAAAAUCAUCAAUGUGAUAAUGACAAUGAUUAUGAUAACAAUUACGAGAUUACAAAUAAAUCAAAAAGCUCUUCUCUUGAUGGACAUGCAAAGGGGAUUAAAUUAUUGUGUGAAGUGGAAGAAGCCAGUGCUGCUAUGAGUGUUGAUGAAAUAUGGGUGUCCAAUGACUUUGUAUUUGAUAAAAGUCAGUCAUCGUUAAAUGACAAUGAUAAUGACAUUGAGAACAAAGCUGAUUUUCUCAAUUCGAUGGCCAUUGAUUCUGAACCUGAUAUUGAAACAAAAUCUGUUGACACCAAUGAUGAACAUAGUGCAUCAUUAAUGAAGUCGACAAAUGAUACUUCUUCUAGUCAUUCAAGUGAUUGUUUAGUCUCUAACAAGUCCAAAGCAUCCCAGAAGGAAAAAUGUAAGAAGAAUGGAAAUAUCGUUAACGGUGGUUCAACUCCUUGUCGAAUUCCUGAUGAGGUCACUGACAAGAUUCCAACAUUUUUCACUGAUUAUGGUAACGGACAACCUUCGGAUUCAUACAGUUCAUUUUCGAGGCACAGCGAGGAGGCUGUUUAUAAUUUUGAACGGAAAAAAAAUCGCAACGUUGAUCGUUCAUGUUUGUCGGAUCCUGGACAGCUGAUUGAUACUUUAUCAAGGUUUUUUGUUGGUAGCGAUAAGAAUACAUCAAGCUCAAAAACCGAAUCAUCAAAGAAUUCUGAAAAACCUUGGUCUCGUGCCAGUUCAGCAAUUCUUCAGGAACCUGAAUAUGAUUUUAUUCGUAUGUCAAGCAAUGAUAUUAUGAAUCAUCGUCAUAAUUAUUCGCCUCACUUGGAAACUGAUAAAGACUUUAUGGAGGUAAAGAAGCUUUUGACCCUUUGUGAGAUUAAAGGCGCUAAGGAUUCCUGGGUAUCUGAAGAUAAUGAAGAUGAAGAUAAUGAAGACCAGACGAAUAAAGAUGAUCUUGAGGAAAUUGAGGAAAUUGAGAACAAAGCAUGUCUCUCAUCGGAAAUUUUGCAAAAAUUCGACCAAGAUGAGGAAGAGUUGGAGAUGGAAGAUGAACAGACUACGAUAGGCGAUACAGUUCUAGAUGAACAUACCUGUUAUCUUCAAGAUAAUUCAGGAGUAGUAGAUAACUGUAAGGAACAAGAUGAUAGCUCGUGUAAUUUUAUCGACUCUGAGUCUAAUGAUCAGCUCAUUAAUUCUUAUGAGGAGACAAAACCUCCAGUUACCCAAGAAGACAAUAAAUCAUCUUCCUUAUCUAGUAAAUGCGAUUCUCGCAAUCUUCUGGAACAUAUCUUAGCAACGCAAUCGUCAUUCGAAAAAGAUUCCACGUUCGAUCCACCCUUCGGUAAGAUAAUAUCGAAUUAUCAAAAUCAUCAGUAUUUCUCGUCGAUUGAUAUGAUCAGAAAUGAAUAUGACAAGAUAAAUAAUUUCAAAGAUGAAAAUAAAGCACCAAGAAGCCUUUUAGAAAUGUUGAAAAUAAAUGAUUCAGCUGAUAUUAAGAAUAAGAAAAUAUCAGUGGUCAAUAAUUUUGAGUCACCAAAAAAACGUAUUUCCGAUAAAGUCAAGUUAGAACAAUUAAAAAACAUGAAAACAAUUACGAACGAAGAAUCAUUACCAGAUAACAGUGUAAAAUCAAUCAAUGACAAGACAUCAAUCGAUCAGAAUAAUUUGAGGUCAGGCCGUUCUAUAUUUAUCAAAAAAGCAUCACGUACAAAAAGACGCAGAAAUCCUUUCGAUCCAUCGAUGCUACGUGCAAAAUGUAAUAAAAAAAUUAAUAAAAAAUCCAUAUUUUCUGCAUCAUCCAAUAUGAAGCCCAGUUUAAAUUUUACGAAUGACGUCAAUUCUGCCAUUGCGUGGCCCGAGGAUACUCGACAAGAAAUUUUACAUGAACAAAGAACUACGAACACCGAAAUCGAAGAAUCAAAAGAAACGAAAUCUGUGGCUUCACGUGAAAGUUUUUCUGAAAGAUAUCUAAAGGCCUCUAAUACGAAUCCGCAUCUUACACGAAACGAACCGGAAAAGUUCAAUAUUGCAAGCAGUGGUAGCAGCCUCAUCAGUUUGAAAAACACUCACAGCCUCAUAGAUCUACAGCCAAUGGAAACGAACGGUGUAGAUGGCAUUGAAAGUAAAAGUGACAUAUGGAGUAUGGAAGUCAGAUCAUCUGACAGAAGUAUUCCAGAAAGGUUUGACGAGAGACUAAGACUCCUUGCUGAUUUGGGUAAUAGCGUAAAUAAUGAGCUAACCAAUAAGGUCAAAAGCUUGCGAAUGGGAAACGGAUUAACAGUACAGUCUGAAAAAUGCAAUGACAGAUUGAAUGUGAAAGAUAAUACAGUAACUUCAGAUCAGAUAACAAUGAUUUCCGGUCGUCCGGAACCAGUAGCAGAAAUUCAGGAAAAUUUCACAAAUAAUCAAUUAGACGUAUUCCAAUCAGACGUAGUGAUGCUACUUCGAAGUGAUUACCACAUGGUGGAAGAGACCUUAAAGAAGCACAACGUCGUCCUAGAGAACCUAACAUCCAGGUUAAAGGACGAAGGCGCCGUUUCGCGUUAUUUUAAGGAAAAGGAACUCAAUGCGAGUGAAGAGGAAUUAAAUGAAAUCGAAAAGGAUUGCCGCUUCAAGGCGCUACAAGUGGAAGUGACGAUACUACGUGAGAAAUUAGCAACGAGAAGACAAGAAGACAAUACGAAGACCUUGGAGGCUGUUGUACGUCUUAACCAAGAAAAAUUAGAUCUUCAGGCGACUAUCAAUGGUCUUAAUCAGACGUUAGUUGAACAUCGAAUAGAUCUGACAGAGUUACGUAAAGAAAAUAACAGAUGGCGCAGUGAAUGGAAUGUCAUGAAGAACGACCUUGAGGCUCAUAUGGCGGAGGUAAAUUAUUUAACCAGAAGAUCCGUGCCUAAUGAUCCUGCCGUUGUUAGAAAGAUUACGAAACUCGAGGAACAGAAUAAACAUCUUCUUAGUAAUUAUCAUAAUCUUGCCAAGGACAUGGAGUUGCAGAAAGUUCAGCAUCGUAAACAUCUUGAAGCUAUGUUCAGGCAAUUAAUGGUUUCUGAUACAGCUAAAGACGCGGGAAAUUUGAAUACGGAACGUAGUACAGUAUUAAGAGCUUCUAUCGCUUCUAACGACAGUAUACAGCGAAGCAAAAGCGAUCCUUUGUUUGAAACUAGAACAACUCAGGAUACAACGUUGAAAAUUCCUAUUGAACAUCGUGCUACUACUUCUGUUCAAGUGUCGAGUGCUUUUGAAGAAGAUGGUAGUGAUAAUAAAGGAGAUAAGGGUACCAUGCCAGAAUUUUUUAAUAAUGAUCGGUCUACUUCAGUUACAGACAUUAGUAACAGUUUUAGUUCUUUUGAAAUUCCUGCUGGAAAAAAAGAUGACGGGCAAAUGAUUUGCGAAAUGAAACAAAAUAUAAAAGGUAGACAGGGUUGUAUAAUAGCAUUGAGAAAAAAUUUGACACAGUUCAAAGAGCCUGUACGGUUUGGUGUGAGUUGUAAAAAUUUGGGAAUUUUGUGUAAUGCGAGGCAAUUUAGCACAAAACGAUUUUCCACACGAGUACGACCUGUACGAGGAAAUUUCAAGAAGAUUAAUAAGUCUUGGGCUAAAGCAGAAACGUACAGUUCUUUUAAAUCUAAACAACAGCGCAGAUUUGGUUCCAAAAGAGUUUCAAUGAUCUGCGUAGACUCAAAAUAUGAUUCUAAAAAGUUGAAUCUUGAGAAGUAUGUCCAAGAACAAAUUCCAAACUGUGAAGAGAGUGAUGAGAACUCAAAAAAAGUUUCACUAAUAAAUAUUGUUGACGCUGUCAAUACUGAGAUUCCAAAUAAUACAAAAGUAUCAUGCGAAAUACCAGUAGCUACAACAUCACAAUGUGAAAUUUUUGAAAAAAUGGAGUCUGCCAAAGAAUUACUUUCUACACUUAAAUUGAAAUUUAAUAAAGACAAAGAAAUUAUAAAUAAAUCUAAACAAACUGUUUCAUCAGCUGAAGUGAAUUUAAACAUAUGUCCUGAAAACAUUGAGGUGUCGAGCGAACAAAGGGACAAAAAUUCCAAAAAUGCUCUCACAACUGCUAUAGAGGAUAUUGUACAAGAUUUUUCUGUUCUUUUGGGUUCUGACGAUAGAUCAUUAAAAUCCAACGUGUCAGAAGACGAUGGAAAUUUUCAUUCUUUGAAAAUGAACAAAGCCAAUUCUUGCACAGAGACAACGGUAAAAGUAUCAUUGGCUCCAGUUAUGGGUAAAUUUGAUGAGUUAAUAACACUCCUACCAAAGGAUGACAAAGAUUCUAAUUCGACUAUCAAAACAGAAUCGGAUAUUAAGGCAAACCCCGAAGACAAUGAUAAGGAAGAAAAACGAAUUGAGGGCAAAAGUCAACAAGAUGAAAUGAAAUCUUUAAAAGAAAACGAAUCAUUCGAAUCUUCAAGUAUGAUAAAGAACUGUUCUCAAUCAGUAAAAAAAUCAAUGGUCGACGUAGCAACAGGAAAUGACAUUCCUUUUCAAUUUUUAAAUGCUGCUGUGGUCACAGAUUCUAAAACCCUUCCCAUCACAGUUUCAAUAUCAGUAGGAAACGUAUAUCAAGAACUGGCCGAAAGCAAUUCAAUGAAAGAUGCGACCUCUACUCUAGAAAAAAAGGAAAAAUUACUUCCAGAAUUCUUCACUGUCGAAAAUAAAACACCUACGACUACAAGUAAUGUAAUUCAAAAAAUGAUUGAAACAUCCGAUAAAUCAGUAGGAACUCCAGAAGUGACAGAAUCAUCAAUGAAGAUGAAUCAAAAUGAUAGAAUGAUAAACGUUGACCAAAUCCCAUCGUCUUUAUUAACUUCCAAAGCUCAGAAAAAGCCACUGUGUCCACCCACAGAAAUAAUGAACAAGAUACUUAAAAAAACCGAGAUACCCUUGAUGCUAAAAACCUCAAAAAACACACAACCCCUAUACAAAUCUACAGAACUUCCCAAAAAGUCAACAACGAUAAAAGUACAACGCAUUACAAAAAAAAGCUUAAGAAUGACACGCAAAGGACAAACCCUUCCGCAGUUUCGUGAUAUUCCCAAAUUACUCGAAAGAAAUCUAGAAGAUCAGCGUCUGUGUCCAAAAUUAAUUCGACUCCCAAAAUACACAGACAAGAAAAAAAGUCGCACAGUAAGAUUCAAUCCACAUAUUAAUUCCUCCAGCAGAGAAUCUUUAUACAACCUUGAAGAGAUACAUGGGUCGAAGAAGGAAGAAUUCAUUCAAGGCGCCAGACUGUUCACGACCUCCGCCAAGACGCAGAAGAGCAUCGCAACGGAAAUGACGGAAGAAGAGCAACAGGAAGUUUCAAAAGACAUGAGCAAGGCUUAUAAAAUAUCCUUAGAUAAAUGUAAUAUCUAUGGAACCAAUUAUGCUGUGAUGACGAUGCGAAAUGGCGAAUCUGGUGUACCAGUUAUCCUAAUAGGUGGUGGUCCUGCUGAUCGUGCAGGACCAGGCAUUAAAACACCCACUAUACCGUGUCCUCUUCAUCAGGAGGAAAAAAUAGCUGAUGCGCAAAAUGAUUAUAAUUUAACUUCAAAGACACCCUAUAGAUACCAGGAAUAUUUUCAGUAUGAAAAUACGAAUUCCUUUGGGAAGACUUUCCCGGAUGCUUCUACUUCAGACGGAAGUGAGUUUAACAAAUGUUCACGUGUUCAACAGAUUGAUCGGUUGGUGGAUCUAUUGACUCUACAGCACGGUUCGUCUUGUCAGGAUUUGUCAAAAUUUUCUGAGAACGUUCGCAGGAUACGGGACAUAUUGGAGAAUCGUAAUUGUCGCUCAAAGUAUUCCAGGAUCGGUCAUCAGGAUCAACCGAUAAAAUCAGAAAUAAAACCUUUAACAGAAUCCAUUGAGCGAGUAACAGCAAUAUUUGAUGAUCUCGAGACACUGCAACGUACUGACGUACAGUUUCAUGAUGAUUUCAAAAAAUGUGAUGGUCCCGAUCUAAUAAUUGAUAAUGAUGAGAUGAUUGAACCAAUAAAAGCUGAGCUGAACACUUGUGAAAAGGAUAAACAAUUUCCUACAAAGAACAAAGUAGUAACAGGUGUUCGAGAUCAAUCAUCAAUCAGGCAAUGCAGAAGGAAUCUUCGUAGAUCAAUAAUCAUGGAUUUUCCAUAUGAAAAAAUUCAGAUGAACAGAGAUGAACAUCUUAAGAGAUUGGAAAUUGCUAUGGCCAAAGCGAGGACGUCAGGUUCACCAGGUACCAAUCAGUGUUCACCGACUGAACAAUCAAGAUUGAAAAACGACAACAUAGCUUCAUUUCCAAACAGUAAGAGAACUGUUGAAUUCAAACGAUCCCGAUCUUUGGACGCCCAGAAGCCUGCAGGAAAUGGGUCCAGAGUGUUUAAGACAGUUUUGGAUGCUGCAAUGUUCAGCAAGGAUUGUGCAACGUCUUCACGUUUAUCUGGCAGCUGUUUCCAAGGAGCCAAGAAUAGAGACUUUCUUCCAAGAAAGACAUUAUCCUUGAAACAAAAUCCCAUAGAUUGUGCCUCAGAAUAUUUGACAAGAAAAUUAUUGAGCAGGCAAUUAUAUAAUACAACAGGACGAAGGAGAGUCUCAACCUCAGUGCCCAGGCUAUCAUAAGUUCUCCAAAAAGCAACGAGAGAAAAAUCCCUAAAAUUUUUCCAAAAGAAAUAUACAAUCCUGCCUAUAUGCGGCUGUGUCUGCACUGAUCAUCAGCCUCAAUUUCGAACCCUAGCUCCGUCUACAGCCUCCGUAACAGAGAUUCUUUAUCUCAUGAAAAUAAUGAUGAUUUGUUAUCAAAACAGGAAAUGGCAUCAAUAAAUAAAUACAUCUCUACAAAGGACAUUAAGAGAAAGCACAUUCAUUCUUCGUUUAAGAUUUUUCUUCCGGGGCGAACGGUGGGAAGAAAGAAAAAAGGGACAGUAGGUUGAAACGAGAGCCGAAAAGCCAUCAUUGGCAGAAACCGGUAGACGCCAUUUCGUUCCGUCCGGCUCUUUAAGAUUUCCAAGCUCGAUGUCCCUUUAUUUCGUUGGCAUCCUUGGCGGGUGCCACGGGAAUGAUGAAAAAUAGGGAGCAAGGUCUUGCUUUCUACUUCAUCUUUCAGCCCCCGUAGCUCGCACAAGAUUAUUAAUAUGUUUGUCCUCGGGCGAGCGUCCCCUAAUGACGUCAUCAAUUACCUUAAUCACCACUAACCCAGGUGAAGGCUGAUAUACUCAUCUCGGUGGUCCAUUUAUAUUUAGAAUGCAAAUUUUCUCGGUUGUUCCUUUUUUUUUAUCUUCUUGCCUCCUUGCUUUCCUUUGCUUUCGUUUUCGUUUUCUCUUUUCAUGCAAACACAGCCAAUCGACAAACCCCCAACCCUUACUUGUCUCUUCCCCUCUGACCCUCCUACGACCCCGUACGCACAGCUGCGUUUAUGCUAAUGAUUUUAGCCCCAUGAAGGAAAUACGUAAUUUUGGGAUUAAUGGAAAAAAAAAAAUUGAGGUGUCACUUUUACAUUUUUUUUUAAAUUUUGUAACUUACCACUAGUGUGACGAAGACACUGUAAUAGACUAUUACGUGCGUAAGAGGGAGAUAAACGAAGGAACGAUCACAUCAGAAAUUUCAUAUUGUAUAACCAAAAGUCAGAGAAGCCAGCUUGCUUUAGAUUUUACGAAUUUUCUGUACCAUCCGUAAGUGCGAAAGAGACAUACCUAUAGAGAUCUGUGUGAGUCAGAGAGACACACGUAUACUAAAACCUCGAAACCCGUUGCUUUCCCUUAUACCGAAUAAACAUGGCAAUUAUUUGAAAAGGUAUACGAACUGGGUUGACUUUCUUUUUUCUUCAAGAAACAAUCCUCUUUGAUACUAGCUUAGCCAAUGUAGUAUUUUUAUUCCUUAUUGUUCUUUGGUUUUACAUAAGUAUAAUGGUUAUCCGAAUUCCCCUGUUCAACAUUCUUCGAAAAGACCCUUACCGCCGUAUGGUCCACUGCAUGUGGAAUCCUUAUCCAGCAUUUUCCGGAUAUCUGUAUAUGGUUAUAGGUAUGUACAUAUGUACUAUAUAUUUCUGUUAUACGUAGCUGCGGUAAACUAGAUACGCAUAAGCUUUGCUUUCAGACCCUGUGUCCAGAACGACCUUCACCCUUUGACCCAUUUCUAACGUCAUCCCUUACCUACAUCGCUUGCGUCGUAAAAAUUACGAGUAACGUCAACCGGUACGAAAGAGUAAAACACGUUACAUUUUGACAUUAAUGACUUUAUUUAUUCGUUGUCGGAAUCGACAAUUGCAAUACAUUAUGGGUUAUGCGUAUAUGGGUUAAAUAUACAAUCGUGUCGCACAGUGUGUGGGUUCGCACAGCCGGGCUUCCGGGAUCGUCAUUGUUCAUGCAAACAAUCAUUGGGUAACGCCAUGUUGGAAUAUUUCGAAAGAAAUCGAUAAAUUGACUACUAAAAUAUUUCGAUAAAAUCACUACUGACGUAUGCACAUCAUACAAAUUACUUUUACUCAAUUACAGUGCAGUCAGGAAAAUAAGAAAAACAGGACAAAAAAUGAGGGUAAAAAAUAUUCGGCUAGUGCACCCCUUUUUAUAUAGCAAGCAGUACCCUCUGUCACGGUACUGCCCGGCAAGUGCUGCCUCCUGCGACAAAAGUUUCAACUUCUAAUACCUCUGAAUAUUCCUCACACAGUUCGUAUUGUUAGUAUCUGUCACUUUGACUGGCUGGUGGAAGAUGCAUUACCUGGCGCAUCUCCUCAUUGUAGGAGGCAGUGAUAAGGAAAAGAAGAAAAAAGAAGGAAAAUUCGUAUGUCUGGAAAUACUGCAAUGGCGAUGCGAAACGCAGCCUCGGUGUUUGGGUUAAGACGAUGAAUAAUUCACGGGAGUAAAUUAGUUUUUUGUUUCAACCACUGAGCUGCAACUUAUGCCGACAUCAGCGUUGAAGUGGAUUCUACUCGAAACACUAACGGCAAAUGGCCGCCUCUGCCUGUCGUUCUUAAUCAUGACUAUACGUAUAGGCGAACCUGUUGCAUCGAGGAUAAAAUUAGCAGCGUUCAACAAGCAUUGCCUACAUGUGUAUCUAAACGUAAAUCUUCAUCCUAACAAAGUUGCCCGUCUGUUAAAAUGUACGAAGUCAAUAAUAAGACAACUCGACUGCAAUAUCUUUACGACGAUGUCACCGCUGGCGACAUCAAAGACGCUGACGUAAAACCGGAAACAGCUUUCAGAUCCAGGCCAAAUACACUCUCGUGUUACUCACGCAUGCCAGAUAUACUCUGCAUCCACAGACAUCGAUACCUGCAUAUAAUAUAGAUAUACAUAACAUAACGGAAGAAAGAAAAGUCAGAAAAGACUAAACUGAGAAAGAGAUUCUGUGUUGUCACCCUCGGGGAGUAUCCCUUUUGCCAAUGUAUGCACCGACUAACCUAGGAGCACAUCGGAUAUAUUUGCAUACCGCAUAGGAAACGAAAGAAAUGGCAGACGGAAGUCAAGAAGAAAAACAAGUAUAAAAGAAUAUUAAAGCAAGAAACGUGAAAAGAAAUCUUAAGAAACAAAUAACGCAACUGUAAUACACGUCAUGCCAAUGUAACAGAGUUGUUAUAUUCUGUUUUCUGGAAUAUCUUGAGUGAUAAAUAAUUGUACGAUCGAGAACGUUACGAUCCAAGAUGGCGGAAUAAUGGAUCUGCCCGAACCUUUAAUCGGAUGUUUAUUACGUCGAUCAUGUUUUUGGUGUCUUCUCAAGACUGGUUGAAGUCAAGCGUCCUCUUGGAUAACAAAUUCUCCAUCUCGCUAUGCUUAGAACGGACUGUGGAGAAGCCUUAAGGUCUACCUUUUAAUUCAUGAUCAUCGAUCGUCGUUUAAAAGUCUACUUAAAAGUGUCCCUCCAGGAUACAGACAUAAGGAAAGGAAGGAAGGAAGAAAAAGUGUCCCUCCGACUUACAUCUUUGGCUAAAGAAGAUUCCGUCGAGCCAGAGAGUCCUCGUCGCCGAUAAGUACCAAAACAAGAGCCAAGUCCAGGCACAAUGGCGUCCCGUGCCACCUUCUGAUCCUAUAUUAGACGUUGCAUCCAGUUGGCCUUUUCAUUAUUUACAAUGGAGAAGAAAGUGUGACGGGAUCGAUUACCGACUUCAAUGCGGAAGUACAAGAACUAUAUUCUCUUCCAUCCCGUUUGUGAGGAUAAUUGAAAGGAGCCAUUUCACAUCCCAGACUGUUAUUCUAAAGGGAUACUGAAUGAAAGUUCUGGAAAUAGAUCCGGUUCGAAUGGUGGAUUCUAACCUACAGAUAUACUCAAGAAAUUUCUGGAUUCAAGGGUGCACGACGAGAACAAUUGAAAUUUUGGCUGUUAACGCUUUUCAAAAGCGUUAAAGGACUGUAGCAACGUUGACGGGAUCAGUCUUUGUACAGAAAUGGGUAGGAUCUUGUAGACAAUGCAGAAUCCUGUCAUUGUCUAUUUUUCAAGGAGAAUUCCUUGAGAGUAAUCCCGAGGAAAGGUCACAUUGAAUAUUGUCAAGCUAUCUUAAAUCCCUCCCACCUCUUGGAAGCCCCUUGGUGUUAAAAGUAAAGGGAGUUAGUGUCGCCUGUAACAGAAGCAAAUGAGACACGUGGCCAGCAUCACCGGUAUCCAGUAACAGUUAGCUGAGAAGGCCAGGACUUUAAUGGGUAUCAGAAGAGUGGUUUGUUGCUGCUCGCUAAGGAGCACGAGGGUGAUAGGGUCGAGGAUGGGAAUAUCUGUGGAGGGUAUGGUCUGUAGAAACAGGUGAUGGUGGUGGAGACAUCUGUAUAUGUCGCCAGGUUGGUGAGAGAGGUCGUAUAAGAGAGAGAAGGAGAAGUAGAUGCCGUAUUGGAAAAAGGGAGUGAGAGCGAGAGUGUAAGAAGGGGAUGGAAUAACGAAGAGAUGGUAAAAACGGGCUGUGGAUUUCUUGGAUGGCGAAAAUUUUUCGGCGCGGAGCCUUUUUACGAUUCUUACCCCUCCGAAGAGUUGACGUCAUAGAAUCCGUAAGGGGCGCGGUCCGCCAUAUUGAUUCAAUCCCUACCCCCACGGCGCGUAGAGGGAGCUCCGUUCCAUUCACAAACACGUCCCGCCAGCUGCGCACCUCCCUUCGCCUCCCGAGGAAGUUUCUGCCACUUCUCCCCGGUCCUUCCCACUUACCCUUGUGGAUGGGCUUGGCGGGGGAUCCUCGCGUGAAAAGGGGUUGUUCAGGGAAACGUAACAGCGAAAAAUAUCCACAAAGGGGUUGCUGCCGGCUGACACCACCAACACAACUGUCGUCACUCUUCGAUCUUUCCCGAAUCUCUCAAUGGCCGGUAUGGCCACCUUUAUGUGUAUAUACUGUUGUAUAUACUAAACCCCCCCCCCCUCAUACCAGCUACCCUUCCAUCGAAUACUUUACCACCACCCUCUUCACCCUUUCAUGCUUUGUAUCCAUCAUCUUGCUAUUAUUUCCAUACAAAUCGUAAUGCACAGUUUCCCUUAUUUACUAAAGUAUGACACUUGUCCUAGGGAUUUUGUUUCUUUUUUUUUUGUUUUCUCUUUCUUCACCACGCAGUGUAACAUUCUAUCUACUUAAACCCUACGUUCUUGUCUGUCUUAGGCCAAGAGUUCAGCGAAAUUAUAAUUUUCAAUUUCCACAUGAAACUUACCUGGGACGACGACGUUAAUGACGCAUGAUGCGACGUCCGGACUUUUAUAAAACCCAGGAACAACGGCGGAAUCUUGGGUCUGACGUAGUAGUCGACCUUGACGGAGUAGGAGCGUUCGAAUCAUACAUGCUGCGUGGGCGUAUCAAUGGACUUGGCCUGUCAAUUUUUCGAUCAUCAGAUAUGGAUUUCACUCUUGGCAUUAAUAAUUUGUCAUGAUUCAAGGUUAAGCUUGCAUCCCCAUUGUUCUAGCUUAUCUUGAAACCAUCCAUUGGCUAGCGUCUUCGUCUGAGUAUACUCGGACCCUAUCGUUUUCUGAAUGGCCGGUGAGCCUCUGGCGAUCCUUUGACCCAGGCCGAAAGUCGAGGAUGGAAUAAAUUUGAAUUUCCCGCCGAAGGAUCCCCCUGGGAGCUUGUGGCCUCCUCGUCCUUUCACGAUGCGAAGAACCAAUAAAGGGUAACCAUCGAUUUUUCAAGAGAGAAAAAGAAGCAAAAUAAGAGGAAUCAAGAAAAACUAAACAAUGCAUCCACCGAUGAAUUCAGUGCGCAAGAUAAAUUCGUCUAUCGUUACUCCCUAAGUGGGGAUGGUUGUGCAAUGCUUUAGUUUCAGUCUCUAAAAUAUCCUAGACUCACACCUCGUCUCAAGGAUUUUCCUCGGGCUCAACCCUUUCGCUGUUCAUCUUUAAACUUCAAAUUUCGCAGCCACUUUAAGCCCAAGAACAAGUCACUUUAAGAGCCCUCUGUAUAUAUUCAUCGGCAAGGGGUGACAUAAACUAAUACCGCUUCAUGACGACGACCCCGUAUUAUAUAUUUACAAAGUAUAUAUACACAUAUAUAUUUGGUACCUGGGACAAGCAGAUAAUUACAUACCAUAUUAUGUUGGGUGAGUCCAGGCUGGCCGUGGUGGGGGAAAUCGGUGAAUGGAGUGGGGGGAGAAACGGGCCACUCGCAUCACUACCUAGUAUAGGGACUUUCUGCCGACUGGCGGGGAAUGGCGACCCUGGUGGGGAUACCCGAGGAAGUCAAGGUGGGGAUUCGCGGUCGGUACGCGGCCGCUGAACGAUGAAUGAAGCCGGGCCUUUGGCGUCGCUCCAGCGCCGGGGUGCCCCCGCUGUCGGCCGGGAGCUCUCCUAGUUCUGACGUCAUCAAGGCUCAAGGCCGCCUACGAUCGUUACUGUGGCUCCUGCUGCUGCUGCUAUCGCUACUCCACCUCCUACUUUUCUUAUCAGCGGAUCCUCUUGUUCUAACCUUCCCUACCCGGAUAUGACACUGCACUUGCAGAGGUCAUGACACCGUGUUUCAUAGGCUAUGCCACGAGGAUCAUUUCUUCAACUUAACGUACCCAAUGAAUUCCUCUGCAAUUAAUUUCUUGUCAAUUAAAUACGUAUUUAUUGCGAAACAAAAUGGUCGAGUCAGCUUCGGCCCGGAAUGGAGUCCCUGGUCCAUUAGUGAUGCUGUGGCCGCUUGAUAUUUAAGAUCUCAAGAUUUCUCCGGGGGCUGCUUGUAAUGGGGUCGCCGAUGGAUGAUGCGGCAGUAUCGGCGUAUUCGCCCACGAUGCGUAACCGACCCGUAACCUCUGACAUAUAUAUACACAUGGAGCCACGUAUAUGUACACAUAUGACACCACAUAUGUGGACAUACCGUGUAUCCAGAGUCGGUGGUAUUAAAGCCUUGCGUAGAAUAUGGAUAUUCUUUCUGCCCCUUGUCUACGUGGGUAUGUCCUGUGGUAGAGAGAGAGAGAGAGAGAGAGAGAGAAAGAUAGAGUGCGUUAGUAAGAGUCGAGUGGCGCUUCCAUUGACGGCGUCCAGACGCCGCUAUGUCUCCGUCCGGACGCCUACGCCUCUUGCGCAUUUCUCUUCAACGAACUUUCCUUCCUUCUUGCAAUCUUUGAUCUUUAUCACGAGGCUUAGUCGAAUCCUGCGUUACCUCGUGCUGGUACAUUUUUUCUUUCUUGUCAUCCUUUUAUUAUUUCUAUACUUCACCACCCGUUUCUUAUAUUUAUCUUUCUCUCCGGGAACGCGCGAAAAGGGGUGUACCUUCUAGCGCCUCGUCUCUCGCUCCUUUCUCCUUUAGAUUUCUCAAGGGACAAGGAAUUAUUGUCUGAGAAUGUUUUAUCUCCUUUUUUCUUCUUCUUCUUUUCCUUUUCAAUCUCACUCGUAUCUGCCGUGAGAUUUUAAUCGUCUUCUUCCUUGCUCUAGAUACCUCGAGCAAUCCUCGUCCACGCUUACUAUUGAAUUACCAUCAGGGUUUAUGGGCCUUUAGGUCAGUUCGAUUUUUAUCAUGGGCACUAAGAUAUUUAUGGCAAUGGAUAGAGAGGUACUGCUCCGUUAAUUUAAUUGCUAGCUAAUUCGUAGCGACUGCCAUUGAUUAAUUGCUUGACGGGAUUCGUCGAUUGUCCGAUGUCGUUUAGAAUUUUAUAGAAGAGAAAGAAGAAAAAAAAACAAGAUUUAAUGCAGCAUAAAAACACCGUUGGGAAUCAUCGAUGAACAUCGUUCGUUAAUUUGAACCGUGGCGUACCGAGGGCGUUAAUGUAAUUUACGAGAUGCGAGUACAGACACUUCGUACGGUGGAUUAACGAUUUUCAUCUGUAUAAGCUUACCGAUUAAUUAUUAUUAUUAUAACGUACCGAAAGGCCGUAGCUUUAUAACAUUGACGUCACGCGGCCAUUGCAACGUUUCGCGUAAUGGACUUUACGACACAAUCAAUAUCCUGCUCGAGCGUAGCUUGAUACAUAAACGGAGAGUUCAUGGGAAUCCACCUUGUUGUAUUCUUUUCCUUACUACUCGCUAAUGCCAAAGCAGCCUGCUCACCCGGUAUAAGAGCGACCGUUACGAAUAUUAAAAAGUCAAAUACAAAGUAAUUCAGCUCAAAGGAAUCAGUGAAUAUUCGACCGUUUUGCCGUUUCUAAAGUGAUAAGAGAAUUCAGAUUUUUUGCCAUUUAAAAUUUUACGCUCAAUUGAGAAUUAUAUGUGUGUAUACAGCUCAACGUACUGUGCUGAUCUACUGAACUGUAAUAUUCAAUACGAGGCUAGUUACGUCACUGAGAUAUUGUCAUGCACGAGAACGAAUGAAUAAUCGAUGAGACGUGACGACCUUAUGUAUCUGUGACAUGUAUAUUGACGUUGUCCAGUGUCGACGACGCUGUCGUCGUGACGGCUUCGUCGUGGUGCAGCCUCGUAAAAGCGUCGUAUAGAUUGCCGGCGGGUCGUUGCCGUUCUUUAGUUCUUGUGACUUUCUUACUUGGCUUUAAUGUCAACCAACUUUACAUACUGCGCCGUAUGGGGAUAAUGCACGUGCAUUGUGGGAGGUUCGAGGUUAAGUAGAACACGGUUCUACGAUGCACGUUACUUUUUUCAGUGGUUAAGCCAAACUGUGUACCCUGGUUAAUAUCUUUAAUACGGAGACACGUAUAAACGGAAUCUAAAGAUCAGCGAUUCCUGCUUCGCCCACGUCGCUCCAAUCGCUGAUACCAAAAACGGAAGGGAGAGCAUCAAACGAACAGGACCCAAGUAGUUCCUAUCCAGACGUCGCAGGGUCCGGACCGUCGGAUCCGAAAGGGAAUUCAAGGAAUAAAAAUAAUUGGACCAACAAGAGGAAAGUGAAUGCAGACUGCGAAAAUGGCUCCACGCAAAUCUGUAUAUGCGGAUUGGCCGAUCGCAACAAUCAUGAGCGAUUACUGCUAUACUAAAAUAUAGACUAGGAUUAUAAGGUGCGUGACGUAUAUCCCGGAGAAGUGACGUCAUCCAUUGCGAAAUAGAUCUUACAGGUCAUGCAUGGGUGAAUGAGCUAUGGUAAUGACUAAAUUAUGAACUUUUAUUUUAACGAAGUUACCUACGAAAGUCAAACGGCCAAUCGUGUGCCGGAUCGAAGAAAGCCCAAAAUUGAGUAAUGGUCAAUUGGUAUUUUUAGUAUUUUUUUUACUCAGGACUAAAAUCUCCAAGUUCCUUCGACACCAGGGACUCCUGGGAACUUAGCUUUGUCGUUGUUUUGCCUAUGUUGAUAAAUUUUUUGGAUUAGGUGUUUUUUUUUUCCAUGGCUGCCUAUUCUCUUGCCGAUGUGCCCCAAUGACGUCACAAGUUCUCUCCAGGAAACUAUGCGAGUGAUAUAUUUAACUCGUGAUCCACUUUGCUUCGUGUCUGUCGUUACGUCAUGUUCCGAUGCAAUAUGUUAAGAGGACACAGAUUUUCAAUAUUUUCACGUAGGUCGAAACGCAAAUUAAAAUUACUCGAUUGCGGAAGGAUAAUGCGAAAGCGAUCGAUCGUCCGUAAAGAAAUUUUGAAAAUCAAUAAUCAAAUUCGAGUACAUGCGUUUAUUACAUAUCGUGUCUAACGUGCCUUUGUCGUGUGUACUAAUUCUGGGUAUAAUAUUCAGAAUCCGUACGCCUGUCAUGUAGCACAUAUGAAUUUUUUUUCCUGACGCGUUACAUAUAGGAUACCUUCGUAAUUACUAAAUCCACAUUCGAUCUUUCUCGUACUUACGUAUUAACUAAUGAUAAUUACGAAUUAAGGUUAAUUAAUGUUAAUAAGUCGACUGUGUUCCUCGUCACCGUUAUAUGCAGAAAUAUUGCACAGCUGGGAGGCCUAAUAUUUUUUUCUUUUUUCUUUUCACCAGAUAAACAAAUUUCCUUUUUAUUUAUUUUUUCUAAUCACGACAGUCGCUACAUACGGAUAAACAGUCGUGUAUAUCUUCAAUGUAUCCAUCUUAACGGAGGGAUGUAUGUAUCACUAGAAAUUUAAAAAGUGGAAAACUCGAAAGCGCCUGCAGUCCGUACUACCUUCUAGCUCCUUCUUCUACCUCUAACCUCCUACUCACUUUGUACGAGCUCGAAAGUAGCAUUGGAAUCGGUAAAGUAUGUAAAUUCCACCAGAGAGAGAAAACAGCUGGAAUUACGAAAGUUUUUCCAGGAAGGCGCUAAACUAGAAUUAUUUUCUUUCUUCCUUCCAGGAAGAUUCCGGAAAACAGUUUCUCUCUCUAUAAUCCAGAUCCGGUAGGAUUCACCCUUGAAAUUAACACGUAACAGUAUGUUGAUUUAACGUGGUGAUAUCGCAUAUAAAUUUCAAGCCUGGUGCAUAUGACUGAUUCUUUUUUGAAAAUUUUUUUUUUUUUCGAAAAUCUAACACGGCGAUCAACGUCGCGGAAAAAACGGUGAGGAAUAUUUUUAUUGGAAAAAUAAAAGAAGCGUGAUACACAAAUUUUUCACGGACAAAAGCUCGCGGUGCCACAAUGGUGGUUCGUGUCUCUUUUUUUUUCUCCUUUCAUUAUUUUGUCCACCCUUUUAUUUUCCUCGGAGACCCAGAAAAUGGCUUCGCCAAAGAGAAUCGGCGAAUUUGUAAAUCGUUGUAGUUCGGGCUGGAACGAGUGUAGGAAGCGUGGGUACGCGCUGGGCAUCGAGCCAACGAAUACUAGCCCGAGCGACUAUAUGCCACGUAGCAUGGAGAAGAAUACCCUUACCGAUAACCAUGUAACCGCAUACGGUGAUUCUAUCGCGUACACGUGUUGGUGUAAUCGCGUCAUGUCGGCCAUUCAUGAAUUCGCGGAAGGCCAUGAGCGUGGGAGUUUUUGGCCAAGUUUUUCAUUCCCUAGGUUGGCUAGAUUUGCGUACCUCCGGUGCCACGCACGCUAUUUCACGACAGUUUCAAUAAUCCCGAAAUAUAUCGCGACCGUAGGUAACCAUGCGUUUCGUAAACAAUUAAAAAAUGAUUUCCUCUUUCUCAAGCAGCCGCAAUCUCUCGAGUUCACUGGUGCGCCCUCUGGGAAGAUGUCCCGGUACUAAAGGGUCUUCGGCACACGUUACGAGGUUACGUGUCACUCGCCGACUCCACGUCGAAUCUUCGUAGGCCUACUGCACCGACACCUGGCGGUUGUCGCUUCAACGAAGACGAGAAAGAAAAAUCGCGUUACCGCACAGUUACCAAGGGUCAGUCCAUUGUAGAGGGACGAGCGACAGUGCUGCCAAAAUUCACGUUUACGAACCCCGCUUCCCCGAGAUAGCAACUCGUGAAUACGUCACGAUAAUUUGAAAGUUAAGAUAUUUUUUUUUUGAAUUUAUCAUCAGUCUCGACUUGUUGGUCCAGCGGCAUCUACAUAUAAAUGGAUGCUCUUUGGCUCGCGUCUGGCUCGCAAGAAGACUUUUGGGCCACUUCUGUCGCGAACGGCUGCCCCCACGCAACAGGUGCACCCUGACCACCUUGAAAUUCAAUAAAUACACACGCCCCUGGGAAAUCAUCUUGGUAGCGGCAUGUAAGAUGGAUGUAGGAGAUAUGGGAGGUACUGGAGGGUCGUUGAUGAAGGUGCAAAAGCAAGUAGUACCAACACACGCACUGUGCACCUAUAUAAGCGGCUGUGCAUCGGGAAGGACGCGACGCGACGGGCCGGACUCUAGUAGGGAAACGUACCAGGGACCAGGAUCAGAGUCACGGAACAGGAAGUGCCUGAGAAUGCAGCGGUGAAUCCGGAUUCCGAAGGAGAUAUAAGACAAGGGAAGGAUAAAGGCGCAUUCUCAGGAUUUUGUUGUACGGAUUUCCAGGGUAUGUUCCUGAGGUAGUCCACGAUUGGUAUGAUGAAGUCUGGUCCGAGAAGAGCCCACGAGCGGUUACGGUACCGAGGAUGAUUGUACAGAAGUGAAUAGGAGGUGUAGAGGAAGAAGAGGAAGGAGAAGGGUUGCAUUCGAAGGGGCAUUGAGGCAGUCCUGGAAGAUAUGGGUGCAGAGAAUCGCACUGAUGUUUCAUGGUGUUCCGACUGAACUUGGCUUCGGCCAAACUCGGCAGGAGUCGAGCAUCGGGCUCGGAUAAUUCCGUCUCGGUGACGAGCGCAGGGCUGCGCGCGAGAGAGAGAGCGCGAGAGGGAGGGAGUCAGUGACAGCAGUGAGAUAAAGCGUAAGAGAGAGAUAGGACGUUGGACGGAUAGAUAAGCCAAGGAAGAAAGAAAAGGGAGAUCAGUCGGCUCGUGGACUGCGAGCGAGCAACAUCAACCCCUUAUAUAAAUCCUUUCGCGUCGAUGUUUUGACCAUCUGGGUAUCGCCGAGUGCUUUCGAGCUAUGAGGUCUACGCGAACUAUACACGUCGGCUAACCUUAUCACGUAAUAUACUCGAUCGAGCCUCCGACGAAGAUCUGACUCACCGUAUACGAAAUCAAUUGCAUUCCGAUCGACGACACAUCGAAAGAGACCAGUCGCUGCUCCCGUUCUUCUUCUUCUUCUUCUGGCUCUUCUCUGUGCGUCUUUCGGCUCGAGGCGGGGAGUCCCGUCAAGGAACGUAAGCGCGAGUGACGUGGCAGUGCGAAUUAAUCCUACGGGACCGAUAAGAGGUGACGACGAGCUUUGAGUUUGAAAUAUGUAAAAAUCAGGUCGAAACUCUAACUACAGAGAAUUCGCUGAUCCGUUAGGCUCGUGAUAUCUAUUCGCUGUCUGAAGACAGUUACGGGGCUCCGUUACGAUCUUACCUGAGAUACGGUGGCUGGGCCGAAGAAAAAGGAAAUCCGAAGAUAAAGUGACAUCGACGUAUCGAUUAAGCCGCGUUCACAAUUUACUGCACGUGUCGCGCGUAUGAAACUUUAGGAUGAAGGUAUCGGGCAUAGCGAAGUAGCUCGUGUAUUCGGUCGCUUCGACAAAGUCAGCCCGAAGCUUCGUAUCCUUCGGCCCGGAGGCUCCGAGCGCGAGGCAGAGGAAAGAAAUAUUUCCAACGGGCGUUCUCAACGCAGCGACUAAAUCUUACGCGGGGCCAGCUAAAGCGGCAGCCUGUUGGCGAUGAUAUCCAGGUCGAGAGGGCCGCUCGGCUAGAAGAGGCUGGAGAAUUACACGUGAGUGCUCUCUACGUCACGCUGUAGGACAGAUACGUCCAGCCGCCGAAUAGAACGACUUAUAUACUGGGUGUUCAGGAAGAACACGAGGAAUUGGAGCUUCGUUCUUUGAUCAGAGUGGACCAGGUGCUGGAGGAACGAAUCGAGAACUACCGAAUCAGUCACGUACUACUGGACCCAGUGUGAACGGAUCGACCUUUUUUUAGUGGUUCACCCGGUAUAUCGCAAGUACAGGUGCCGGUCUUUCGUCACUCAAAUCGGGGCCCUCGUCGUCCUGGUGAAUCGACCUGGAUCUUUACCUCCGGCUCAGCUCUUGAUCAGCUUCAGAUCUUACUAGAGGGGGUCCAGGAGCGUGGAGCGACAGCCGCAGCAUCCCUCGUCGCUAAAUCCAUUAAGAGAAUCGCUGAAUCGCAUCUGAGGAAGUGGACUUCAGGGAUCCUCUCGAAGUCGAAGUGAAAGCGGAAGUGGAAGACGCAAGGGGACUACGGAAGAAGCAAGUACCCACAAGCCAAAUAGAGAAAGCACCAAAGCACUCAAAUUUUAUGGAUGUCAGGACGCACAGCUAGUUGACCUUUUUUUUUCGGUUCUUUUUUUUCAACGACACCCUUUAUAUAUAUAUAUUUAUCUGCAUCCCUCUGUUCACUCUAUCCUCUCUUGAUAUUCCAUCGUGCAGACGUUAAUUCUCUUCAACGUGAUUUUUCGUAAUUUACUUUUUUAUUUUUAUUUAUUUUUUUUUUUUUUUCAAUAUCAAACUACCAAUUUCAUCGUUAAUACUUUAUUAUAAUUACGUCUCCUUCUAAUCGAACCUCACCUUAUAUACGUGCACACCUUUAGAGUGCGUUUUAGCCGUUGUAAUAUUUUACUUGUUUUUUUUCCACUGUCACGCAAAAUUCAACGCGUCCAUCUCGUCAGCCGUCACGCGUUGUUACACGAGAAUUCUUUGCCUUUAUGCCUAAGAUCGAAACGCCAGAAAAAUAGAGGCAUUUAUUAUCGCACGGCCGAUCAAUCAACUAAUUCCUGCGAAUUAAUUGGACCCGUCCGUAUUGUUUGUCGAACUUUUUGUUUGCUCGUCGCAUCGCUGCGGGACGAUUGGAGGUUUUUCGGGGGGGGAGGGUAAUAGGGUCUGAUUUUUUACGCACUUUUUGAGGCACCUGUUGAUAUACUCUUAUACGUAUAUACAUUAGAUUAGAUAUAUAAAUACGUACCAAGGUCCUUAUACUCUUACCAAAUGCAUAAUUGCACAUGUGUAACGUAGAGAUAAUCGCACAUAAAAACCACACGUGCAUCCUCGUUAUUUCGCACGCGCAUCCGCUCGCCAAUUUAUUCGCGUACGCACUGAUUGUCGUCCAGGUAUUACGAAGUCACUCCGAAGCACCUGAUUGUCGUCGGUGAGAAUUUGGAGAAAAAUUUAAAAAAAAAAAAAAAAAAAA